AUGGGUGUGAUGAUUGAAUCUGUGUUGAGCUGGUUGACGCCUACUGUUAUCUUCUGCGUGUUGAAUGUCACGAUUGCUACUCUUUUCAUUACUUCCACCUUGAGAAAUGACAAGAAACAAGAGGCCGGUGAAGAUCAACUCCCUAGAACUCCAUCUUUGUUACAGCGUGUGAGUCCCUCUUUGCUUCAGCGUGUCCGUUCCAUCAAUUUCUCUUUCUCCUCCCAAAAACCCACCCCAUUUCCAUCUCUCGAUGAACAACCACAAGAUGCGGAAGAUUCGAAAUGUCACAUGACAAGAAGCAAAUCUGUCACGUGCGCUGAGGAGGGGAAUCGUAGUCGUGGUGGUGGAGGGAGGAAGUUGUUUGAAAAUGAGGACGAAGAUGCAGUUGAUAAAAAAGCAGAUGAUUUUAUAAAUAAGUUUAGGGAAGAAUUGAAGAUGCAAAGAGUUCAUUCUGUUUUAAAUAACAAGGAAAUGUUCAAUAGAGGAGUCUCCAUUUAG